CCGAGCGAGCGGCACGAGGCGACGGGUCGGACGGAGGAGAGAGAGAGAGGGUGGAGGCCAAGGUAUCGGCGAGCUGCUCCGUCACCACCAGCCUGCUCGGGCCCAAGCUGCCACAGAGCUGCAGCACUGCUAUGGAUCCUGCCACACACCUCGACGUGCCCUACCCUGGCGCCGCCGGUCCUCGUCAAGCGCUCGACCUCUUCCUCCCAGCCUCGGCCGGCCCCGACUCGACCCUCCUCGUCUACGUCCACGGCGGCGCGUGGCGAUCAGAGUCCAAGAAUGACUUUGCCCUCACCUUGAUGCCGACCCUCGUUCGGUACACCCACCUCCCCGUCGCCUGCCUCGAGUACCGCCUCGCCCCGACCGACCCGCAUCCGGCCCAGGUGCAAGACGUCGUCGCGGGCCUGUCGCUCCUCGCCGGCCCGCUCCUGCCACUCGAGCAAGGCGAGGCCAAAUGGCGCCGCGACCGCAUUGUCAUCGUCGGCCAUUCGGCGGGCGCUUUCAUGGCCGCCUCGCUCGUCCUCGAUCCUCCUCGCCCACCUCCCUCCCCGUCCUUCACCGUCCCGCCCGCCAUCCGCCUCGCCAUCGCGGGCAUCAUCUGCGUCGACGGCAUCUACGACCUCCCAUCCCUCCUCGACGAGUACCCGUCUUACGCCUCGUUCGUGCACGACGCGUUCGGCUCGGACCCGGCCGCCCUCGCGCACGAGUCGCCCGCGCGGUGGAGCGCACACGACGAUGAGCGAGGGCGCACAGUACGCGUCGUCGUGCUGCAUUCGCGCGCAGACGAGCUCCUGACCUUGCGGCAGCCGAGGGUCUUCGUCCGGCGGCUCAGGGAGCUCUUUGGCCGCGGGCCGGGCGAGCCGAGCGCAGCGGCAGCGGACGAGAAGGUCGGCGACGAGGUCGAGCUCGAGCGGGAACUGCCGAGCAACGUCGAGUGCGACUUUGACUCGCUAAGGACUGGCCACUACGAGGUGGUCAAGGGCGAGGAGCUGGCGAGGGCCGUGCGGGCGCUCGAGGUCCACAACUGGUGAAAUGCAUGCCAUCUCGCUG